CUCUUCCUUAUUCUAGGGAAUGACCAUGGAUAAAAGUGAACUGGUACAGAAAGCCAAACUCGCCGAGCAGGCUGAGCGCUAUGAUGACAUGGCUGCGGCCAUGAAGGCGGUCACGGAGCAGGGGCACGAGCUCUCCAACGAAGAGAGGAACCUGCUCUCCGUCGCCUACAAGAACGUGGUCGGCGCCCGCCGUUCUUCCUGGCGCGUCAUCUCCAGCAUUGAGCAGAAGACGGAGAGGAACGAGAAGAAGCAGCAGAUGGGCAAAGAGUACCGGGAGAAGAUCGAGGCUGAGCUGCAGGACAUCUGCAAUGAUGUUCUGGAGCUGUUGGACAAAUACCUUAUUCCCAAUGCUACACAACCAGAAAGUAAGGUGUUCUACUUGAAAAUGAAAGGAGAUUAUUUUAGAUAUCUUUCUGAGGUGGCAUCUGGAGACAAUAAACAAACCACUGUGUCGAACUCUCAGCAGGCUUAUCAGGAAGCCUUUGAAAUUAGUAAGAAAGAAAUGCAGCCUACACACCCAAUUCGACUGGGCCUGGCACUUAAUUUCUCCGUCUUUUACUAUGAGAUUCUAAACUCUCCUGAAAAGGCUUGCAGCCUGGCAAAAACGGCAUUUGAUGAAGCAAUUGCGGAAUUGGAUACACUGAAUGAAGAGUCUUACAAAGACAGCACCCUGAUCAUGCAGUUGCUUAGGGACAAUCUCACUCUGUGGACGUCGGAAAACCAGGGAGACGAAGGAGAUGCUGGGGAGGGAGAGAACUAAUGUCUGUUAUGCUUCGUGAUCUAUUCAGUGUCACUCUGUACCCUCCAUAUAUAUCCCUUUGUGCGAUAAAAAAAAAAAGAAUUGUACGUCGACUUCCAAUUUUUCACAGCCUCAGCCUAGCAAAAACGGUCCAUGGGAUAAACAGCUGGUAUUUGUAUCUAAAACUCAGAUUGGUCACAUAAAUGCCACGGCAUUCUGAAGUUCUGAUUUUGAUUAACAUUGACAGGAUUACUGUGUGUUUAAUUUUUAAAAAAAAAAACUGAACACUGUGAUUAUGGGGUUUUGUAAUUUAGCAGAACUCUUACUGGUAGAAAAAAAAUAUAGACCUGAAUUAUGUAUAACUUUUCGAAAGUUUAAUCUGAUAUCAAAACAGUCACUGAAAUACAGUUCCAUUGUAAAGUUGUACAGAAAGUUAUAGAGAUUAUAUUGUGACACUGGGACUUGGAGUGAGACACCUCUCGUUUGGCAUUCGAGUUUCACAGUGAUUCAUGUUAAUUCUCUGCCUGUUCUAUUCCGGGCUUGUAGACACUUGGCCUGUUGGAGCUGUCGCAGCUCAAAAGUUCGUGCCCACAGACAUCCAGUGUCUUCCUCUGAGGAAACUCGAAGCCAGAAAUGAACAUUUUUUGUGGCAGAUACCUGGGUUCUAACACCAUAGAAAGGUCCCGUGCUCACAGACCACACGUGACUCAGGCCCCUCCUACAGCAGCAGUACAUCACUGAUUGGCAACUUGUGCUUCAGUAGUGGAAUCUGUUUUCCGUGUAACCACAAGCUAAAGAAGUGGGGAAAAAAAGCCGUGUAUCUUAUGAAUGGCCUUAUCUGUUUCCUGGGCAAUACCUUUAAGAAUAAUGUUCUGCAGAGAUUGCCUUUCACUUGAGGAGUAAGUACUCCAUCUUUGGGUUCUUCCUAGCUCGGGGCUUUUAAGUUUUGGAAUCUAAACAUUCUUUCCCACUGUCCUUUUUGACCAUUGCCUUUGGUUUUUUCUUCCCUCUGUAUAUUUCUGUCCUGCUUCCUUGCCUUUUGUUCAUGGUUUAAUACUCUGGGCAGGGACAGGAGGCCUGGAGGGGGUGAGAGAUGUCGGUGAGCAUGUUGGUGAGCCGGCCUCGCUUCGGAGAGUUGAAAAGAGCUUCCAGCAUCACGGCUCUGACUUCCUCCAGUUCUCAGCACAGUUGUUGCUCUUCAGUGACACCAAGAUCUGAAUCAAAAAGAGUAGUCUUAAAUAUCCAUGAUUUCUCCUUGUACUGCCAUCAGCCCUUAUAGGAUGCUUGUAAGCACCUGUCACCAGCUCUCCCAAGUGUACCCAUCCAGCCAAGUUCACAGACAUGUUUCCACAAGACCCUAUAAUGCAGGGAAGUUGCAUGCACACUGCAAUGGGGAGAGUCAGGAGUAGCCAGGCCUACCAGUCUCACAGUACCCCGCUCCCUUAACAUUCCAUGUAGCUCUAGUGUCCAUCUGUUUGUCCAUCUGCUGAAAUGAGAAAAGAAACAUUCAUGCACUGAUUUCAAACAAACCAAAAGAAAAAAAGAAAAAAGCAACAAAAAAAUCCCUCUCUCCUUUCUAGCUGAACAAAAAUGUGCAGUUAAUACUUGGCGCUUGGAAAUGCAGUAGUGAAUGUGGAACGAGCCUGUCUGUAUAUCUGGUAGCUCUUUCUCGCUUUGUUUUUCCUUACCAGUAUUCUGCCUCACGUUUGCUUCUGUGAUGGUUAUAUUGCCUAGCAAGCACACCCGUGGUUGUGAAAAUAGUAUAGCAAAAAAGAAAAAAAAAACGGUUAUUGAUGUACUAGAUUUGUGUAUGUCUUUUAAACAGUUCUAGUUUCCACCUUACACGGAAUAAUCAGGAAAAGUGUAAAAACUCAAAAGUGAAAUAAAAACUUUUAUCAGUUA